AUGGACCAGAAGGUGGCCAUGAACAGUAUGAUAAAUGGAACUUUUGGAACUGAAGAAAGUGUCUCUGACAACCCCUUUAAAAAAGGACAACCUUUUGAGAUGUUCACUGUCAUCAAAUCUGAAGGAUAUCAGGUUUAUGUGAAUGGUAAAGAGCUGUACACAUUCAAGCACCGUAUACCGCUGGAAAAAGUGUCAACAUUAAAUAUCAGUGGAGAUGUUGCUGUGAAUCUUUGUGGUUUCAUGCAAAACUGGAGAGCAUGUGUAUUUCCUACAAAAGUUACAACAAAAAUCACCAAACUGGGAAGCUCACAUGGGGAACUUUCCACUGUACAAGCAGAGAUCUUGCAGCCAGUCCAAAACCCUAACCUUCCUUAUGUGGCCCCAAUUUCAGAAGGACUGAGAGAAGGCAUGGCCUUGUACAUGCAGGGAGUUGUUCCCACUAAUGCUGACCGAUUUGAAAUAAAUUUCAAGACUGGGCAGUCCAGCAGUGAUGACUUUGCUUUCCACUUCAACCCUCGAAUGGACCAGAAGGUGGCCAUGAACAGUAUGAUAAAUGGAAAUUUUGGAACUGAAGAAAGUGUCUCUGACAACCCCUUUAAAAAAGGACAACCUUUUGAGAUGUUCACUGUCAUCAAAUCUGAAGGAUAUCAGGUUUAUGUGAAUGGUAAAGAUCUGUACACAUUCAAGCACCGUAUACCACUGGAAAAAGUGUCAACAUUAAAUAUCAGUGGAGAUGUUGCUGUGAACCUUUGUGGUUUCAUGCAAAACUGGAGAGCAUGUGUAUUUCCUACAAAAGUUACAACAAAAAUCACCAAACUGGGAAGCUCACAUGGGGAACUUUCCACUGUACAAGCAGAGAUCUUGCAGCCAGUCCAAAACCCUAACCUUCCUUAUGUGGCCCCAAUUUCAGGAGGACUGAGAGAAGGCAUGGCCUUGUACAUGCAGGGAGUUGUUCCCACUAAUGCUGACCGAUUUGAAAUAAAUUUCAAGACUGGGCAGUCCAGCAGUGAUGACUUUGCUUUCCACUUCAACCCUCAAAUGGACAAGAAGGUGGCCAUGAACAGUAUGAUAAAUGGAAAUUUUGGAACUGAAGAAAGUGUCUCUGACAACCCCUUUAAAAAAGGACAACCUUUUGAGAUGUUCACUGUCAUCAAAUCUGAAGGAUAUCAGGUUUAUGUGAAUGGUAAAGAUCUGUACACAUUCAAGCACCGUAUACCUCUGGAAAAAGUGUCAACAUUAAAUAUCAGUGGAGAUGUUGCUGUGAACCUUUGUGGUUUCAUGCAAAACUGGAGAGCAUGUGUAUUUCCUACAAAAGUUACAACAAAAAUCACCAAACUGGGAAGCUCACAUGGGGAACUUUCCACUGUACAAGCAGAGAUCUUGCAGCCAGUCCAAAACCCUAACCUUCCUUAUGUGGCCCCAAUUUCAGGAGGACUGAGAGAAGGCAUGGCCUUGUACAUGAAGGGAGUUGUUCCCACUAAUGCUGACCGAUUUGAAAUAAAUUUCAAGACUGGGCAGUCCAGCAGUGAUGACUUUGCUUUCCACUUCAACCCUCGAAUGGACCAGAAGGUGGCCAUGAACAGUAUGAUAAAUGGAAAUUUUGGAACUGAAGAAAGUGUCUCUGACAACCCCUUUAAAAAAGGACAACCUUUUGAGAUGUUCACUGUCAUCAAAUCUGAAGGAUAUCAGGUUUAUGUGAAUGGUAAAGAUCUGUACACAUUCAAGCACCGUAUACCACUGGAAAAAGUGUCAACAUUAAAUAUCAGUGGAGAUGUUGCUGUGAACCUUUGUGGUUUCAUGCAAAACUGGAGAGCAUGUGUAUUUCCUACAAAAGUUACAACAAAAAUCACCAAACUGGGAAGCUCACAUGGGGAACUUUCCACUGUACAAGCAGAGAUCUUGCAGCCAGUCCAAAACCCUAACCUUCCUUAUGUGGCCCCAAUUUCAGGAGGACUGAGAGAAGGCAUGGCCUUGUACAUGAAGGAGUUGUUCCCACUAAUGCUGACCAGUAAGGAAUCAUUUCAUUGUAAAAUUUGGGAAAUUGGAUAA